AGCCAAUCAGGCCGCUCUCGUAGGCAGCCAACGCGAGGCUGAGCCGCGCCGAGCCCCGCGUCGUGCCCUGCGCUCCAGCUCCUGUCCACACUACCGCGAACAAUACAGAGUCAAGAUGGCUAAAGGUGAUCCGAAGAAGCCCAAGGGCAAGAUGUCUGCCUAUGCCUUCUUUGUGCAGACGUGCCGUGAGGAACAUAAGAAAAAGAACCCAGAGGUUCCAGUCAACUUUGCAGAGUUUUCCAAGAAGUGCUCAGAGAGGUGGAAGACCAUGUCAAGCAAGGAGAAGGCUAAGUUUGAUGAAAUGGCAAAGGCUGACAAGGUACGAUAUGAUAGAGAAAUGAAGGACUAUGGACCAGCUAAGGGUGGCAAGAAGAAGAAGGACCCCAAUGCCCCAAAACGACCACCGUCUGGCUUCUUCCUCUUCUGUUCAGAGUUCCGCCCCAAGAUCAAAUCCACAAACCCUGGCAUAUCCAUUGGGGAUGUAGCAAAGAAACUGGGUGAAAUGUGGAACAACCUCAGUGAUGGUGAAAAGCAGCCUUAUAAUAAUAAGGCAGCUAAACUGAAGGAGAAGUACGAGAAGGAUGUUGCAGACUACAAGUCUAAAGGAAAGUUUGAUGGCGCAAAGGGAGCAGCAACCAAAGCUGCUCGGAAAAAGGUAGAGGAAGAAGACGAAGAGGAGGAGGAGGAUGAAGAAGAGGAGGAUGAAGAUGAUGAUGAUGAAUAAAACUGUACAAUACUUGUCUCCAUGUGAAUACCAUAGAGUAGGGGAAACACCAUAAAUGAAGCACCUCUUAUUUGAGAUGGUGUCUCUUGCCCUUAUUAGGCUUAAUUAAAAAAAAAAAAAAUUGGAUUCCGAUCGCGUUGUAGUUUCUAAAAGUGCUCUAGAAAUUGUAACUGGUUUACAUGAAGUGGCCAUGGGUGUAGUGAGCACCCUGAAACUGUAUCAAAGUUGUACAUAUUUCCAAACAUUUUUAAAAUGAAAAGGCGCUCUAGUGUUCUCCUAACUCUGUGCACUUUGCUGUUGGUGUAACAAAGCAUUUAAAAAUGUUUCAAGCAUUUUUUUAAUUUGUAAGGUGGUGUUACUAUAUGGUUAUUGGCUAGAAAAUCCUGGGUUAUAAACUGUACAUAUCUAUAGUUUGUAAAAACUAGACAGAUUCUUGUGGUACAUGCUUAGAGUUAUGAUGCCUUAGAGGAGCAGUGAUUACUUGGAAAGGCUGUACGUUCCCCGGGGUGCCAUGGCCCAAAGCAUGCACUGUGAGGGUAGAUCUAUUUACACUACAGUGGGCGUCCAUUUAGCUUAAAGUUGUCUUUCUGUAUAUAGUGAAAUAGCAUUCUGCUGCCAUUCUUAGUUGUGGAAGGGGGUUCAGCUGGCAUGAGAAGUGUAUGGAUUUUUUUAGUUAAGUGCGGUAGUUUUUAAACUGAAACUGUAGACAUCUCUUCAUCGUCAACUAAGUGAAGAGCCAGUGCAGCAACUGAAGUUCAAAAACACUCUGUACUUAAACGAAUUUGCAACGUUCUGUUUUUUUUGUAUGUUUAGAAUGCUGAAAUGUUUUUGAAGCAAAAUAAACAGUAUUACAUUUUUAAAACUGUUCUUGACAACACUCUAAA